UGCUUAAGCAUCUAACCUUCUAAGAUUACAGCUUUCUUGAGAAUUUAUACUUCAUAAGAAAUGGGUUCUGCACCCAAAAGCUACUUUCUCCUCUAUAUGAUGGCUCUCUUGCCUGCACUUUGUUACACCGAAGAUAGCUAUGUGGGUUCUAAAGCAACUUACUAUAAUACUCCUGAUGGCCUGGGCACUCCUAAUGGAGCUUGUGGGUAUGGUGAAUGUGGAAGAACUGUCUACGGUGGCAAUGCGGGAGCGGUCUCAAAUAAGCUUUACAGGAAUGGAACUGGCUGUGGGGCUUGCUAUGAGGUAACGUGCAAGAUCCCACAUCUUUGCAAUUCAGAUGGAGUGAAGGUGGUGGCAACAGACCGUGGCGAUCGCGGAGACAAUACAGACUUCAUACUCAGCAAGCACACCUACGCGGCCAUGGCUAAUCCCAAAAUGGCCUCCAAGCUAUUUGCUUACGGUGUUGUUCCCAUAGCGUAUAUGAGAGUUUCGUGCCGCUACCCAAAUCACAACCUGGCAGUAAAGGUCCAUGAGUGGAGCAGGUACCCAAAUUACCUAGCAAUAGUCUUCUUAUACCAAGACGGGAAAAGUGACAUCAAUGCCGUUCAAGUUUUGCAAUCUGAUGGUCGGCUAUGGAGGAACAUGGGAAAGCUCAAUGGUGCGGGAGCAGUAUGGGGCGUUGCUAAUCCACCAAGAUGUGCGCUUACGUUGAGAAUCCAGGUGAGUGGGAGCCAAGGCCAAAAGUGGGUGAACCUGGGUAGAGUGAUUCCUAGGGAAUGGGUGUCUGGCGCUACUUAUGAAACUGGCAUUAAGCUUGCAUAAAUAUAUAUAUAUACUCCCAGUUCUACUAUAUUUACAUACAUAGUUGUUAAGGCUUGAGUAAUAUCCUAUAUGUCAGUUGUAAUAAGUAGAGCUAAUGCUUGCUCCAUCUUGUACCGCUCAAGCUUUUCUGCUAGCUAGUGCUUGUGAUCUGUGCCCUUUCUCAAUAAUAAAGAACUGGA